UGCUGAAGAUUACAUUUAGUAACUAGUUUUGCUCUGAGGCGUUUAUAUAAUAAAUAUCUUCUUCUAUUGUCAGUUUGACAUUUGUAACAGAUAAAAAAAAUAAAUACGUAUUUUACGUUGCAUUGAUAAACGUUGUAUAGAGUUUUAAAACAAUGAAUAAUAUUCUGUACGGUGGAUAUGAAGGUUCUGAAGAAGAAAUCUAUCAAGGUGCUCGAUCAUUAGGUGAAGCGCUAUUAAAUAAAUUACGCGCCGCUGGACAAAGAAUUAUUUUGGUUGAUGGAUUAACCGGCGAAGAGAUUAACGCACAAACAUUCAUAUCGAAGGCAAUAUGUUUGGCACAAUAUUUACAAGAAAAGUUUGGCGUUAAGUCAGGCGAUGUCAUUUCAAUUUGUAGUGAAAAUCGAAUUGAGUUGGCCAUUACCAUUCAUGCGACACUUUUUCUCGGUGCCACAGUUGCUCCGCUCAAUCACAGUUACGGUGAAUAUGAAAUGGCUCAUGCAAUAAAAUUAUCAAAGCCAAGAGUAAUUUUUGUAUCGCCGAAAAACUCAAAAACAAUUGCCGCUGUUUCUCAAAAGGUGAAUUUUGUCGAACAAAUCAUUUUGUAUGCAGAUGGCUGUAAUACGGAAAAUCAAAAAGCAAUAUCUUUCAAUCAAAUUACUGAUUGUCAGUUGACCAAUUCCCAAUUGGAGCAUUUCAAAUGCGAACCACAAAAUGUGAAAGAAAACGUUGCGCUGAUUAUGUGCUCAUCGGGCACAACUGGUUUACCUAAGGGCGUGCAACUAACUCAGUUCAAUCUUUUCAUUACAAGUGUUCAAUCCCAUGGGCGUUUGCAAUCUUUGGAAACGCCGGCAAGUGGAGAAAGUAUAAUUUUAGGAAAUAUUCCAAUGUUCCACUCAUUUGGAAUGGUAACAUAUAUCAUUCGAUUUCUGGCCCGAGGGACGUACAUCAUAAAAACCAUUUUAAUGUCACGAUUUACCGAAGAGGAAUUUUUAGGAUGCAUUCAGAAAUACCGAGUGACAACUGUCAGUUUAGUUCCAGCUAUUAUGGUUCUUUUAGCAAAAUCAUCGUUGGUUCCAAAAUAUGAUCUUAGCUCAUGGCAUGUGGCAGCUUAUGGCGCUGCUCCACUGGGUAAGGAAAUCGAAACUGAAGUAAAAAAUCGAAUUGGUUUCAAAGUUGUACGACAAGGCUAUGGCCUAACCGAAUCAACGUUGGUAAUUUGCCAACAAGAUGAUGAACAUCAUACAAACGGUUCAGUUGGCGUUUUGGUAAAAGGUCUUUAUGCACGUGUUGUUGAUGUAAACAGUGGCAAAUGGUUAGGUCCAAGACAAAAAGGUGAAAUUCACGUCAAAGGGCCGAGUGUCAUGAAAGGUUACAUUGGGAAUAAAAAAGCCACCGAUGAAACAAUUGAUGCCGAUGGAUGGAUGAGAACCGGUGAUAUUGGCUACUAUGAUGAAAAGGGCGAGUGGUAUGUUGUGGAUCGACUCAAAGAACUUAUUAAAUACAAAUCAUUUCAAGUGCCACCGGCUGAAGUUGAAGCCUUUCUUCUAACGCAUCCCGAAAUAAGAGAUGCUGGUGUUAUUGGCGUGCCGAAUGAAUUGACGGGAGAAGUGGCAUUUGCGUUUGUCGUUAAACAACCAAACGCUCAAAUCAAGGAAAUAGAUGUUAUCAAUUACGUUGCAGAGCGGCUAUCAAACCCGAAACGUCUUCAUGGUGGCGUCAUGUUUGUUGAUGCCAUACCCAAAAAUCCAAGUGGAAAAAUUUUACGACGAGUUUUACGCGAGAAUAUUAAAAAUUACAAGUCAAAACUAUAAAUUUAAAGAGAAUUUCUCUGCGAAUAGUGUCACCAUUUAAAUGUAACAAUCAGUUUUAUACAAUAAUAAAGCUUAAUGUUGUAAACAGAUUUC